CUAGGCUGCUUGUAAAGGGCUUUACGUUCUGCAUUCCCUCAAAGUGGUGUAUAAUUCGCUCUGAAGGAGUUUUUUUUUCCUUUUUAAAAGAUCUGGGUUCAAUCAAUGUAUUUCAUCCUGGCUUCCAGUGAUGAGGUGGCUUUUGCCCUGGAUUCUAGCAACAACCGGCAUUUUGCAGGCCUUUCCUCAGAACAUCAUCACCACGAUCAACACCACCACCACGCCAUCCCUUGCCAUCUCCUCCGUGACUGAGGCUUAUACGCGGACACAGUACUGUAAGUGGCCAUGCGAGUGCCCAAAGACGUUGCCUCGGUGCCCGGCAGGAGUAAGCCUGCUGACCGACGGCUGUGAGUGCUGCAAGAUGUGUGCCAAGCAGGUGGGGGAGAACUGCACCGAGGCUGACUCUUGUGACAUCCACAGGGGCCUGUACUGUGACUACAGCAGAGACAGACCUAGGUACGAAAUAGGAGUGUGUGCACAAAUUGUUGGUGUGGGCUGUGUGCUCAAUGGGAUCAGGUACAAGAACGGAGAGAUGUUCCAGCCCAACUGCAAAUACAACUGCACUUGCAUCGAUGGGGCUGUGGGCUGCGUCCCCACGUGCAGAGACUCCAAGCCGCCCCUCAUUUGGUGCCCGAACCCCAAGCAGAUUAAGAUGACAGGCCAGUGCUGUGAACAGUGGGUCUGCGACUAUUCCAAGACAAUCAGGAAGACUUCCCCACGGCAUAUCUCCUCAGCAGUUUACAGAGGAGAAAUUGAGUUGUGGCAGAAAAAUUGCAUCCUUCACACCUCUUCCUGGAGUCCCUGUUCAAAGACUUGUGGGAUGGGCAUCUCCAUAAGGAUCUCAAACGAUAAUGACCAGUGUCGUCUAAUGAAAGAGAGCCGGCUCUGUAACAUGCGCCCGUGUGAAGAGGACAUCACCAAGCACAUUAAGCCUGGAAAGAAAUGCUUAGCAGUGUACAGGAGAGAUGAACCAAUGAACUAUACACUCUCUGGAUGUGUGAGCAAGGCAGCCUACAGGCCGAAAUACUGCGGAAUCUGCACAGACAAUCGCUGCUGUACCCCGUACAAGUCAAAGACCAUCGAUGUGAGCUUUGAGUGUCCAGAAGGGACUGGGUUUUCCAGGAAAAUCAUGUGGAUCAAUGCCUGCUUCUGCAACCUGAGCUGCAAGAACCCGAACGACAUUUUUGCUGACUUAGCUCACUAUCAUGAUUACUCUGAAAUUGCUAAUUAAGUUGGCUGAAUAUGAUAGAAGACACGGGGGGGGGCGCAGUGGGAGAGGCAAGAGGAAAAUCUUACAUGUUAGUGCUCUGAUUUUACAGAGGAUCGAAAAUAAAAGAGAAUCUUUCAUUUGCCGCAUGUGAGAGCAAAAGUAUUUGGGGCUUGUUGAUUUAACUACUUCUUUUUUGUAUCAGGCUGGCCUAAGCCAACUUUGGUUCAUACCAUUAUUUUAUAGAUGCUAUUUUAAUAAGCAGGAUUAUGUGCUCCAGUUCUCAGAAAUGUUCUUUUCCACUGGCUGCAGUGUAGGUCUUAUUUAUGUAUUUCCAUUUUUAACCCAGUGGGCUUGAUCCACUUAAAAAAUUUCCUGUCCAAGCCCAUUUAAUUUAAUUUAAUUUAAUUCAGCAGGAUUUCUAUACUGAUAAUCAUCAAAACCUCCAAGUGGUUUACAUUAAACGUACAUUAAUAAUAACAAUAAAAAUCAGAUGUUAACAAGUUG